GUAGUUCGCGGCGCGCUGCCUGUAGGCUGGGCCGGGCCGGUCAGGGAGGCGGACUGCGUUUCCCGGCGUGCCCGUGGGGGGGUGGCAUGGCGGAGAAGGAUGACACCGGAGUUUGACGAAGAAGUGGUGUUUGAGAACUCUCCUCUUUACCAGUAUUUGCAGGAUUUGGGACAUACCGAUUUUGAAGUAUGUUCAGCUGUGUCACAAAAGACAGAACAAUGCACAGCAGAGGAGGGACAACAAGGACAGACUUCCCAGACCACCCAGGAACAAGGCACCCUCUCAAAACUAGCUGAACUCUUUAGAAGCUGGUUUCCUUUUUCACCAUGUAAGAAAAAAGAUGACAUACUCUACCGACUGGAUGUUGGAUUUCGACUUGAUGCACUCCGGACUAUCCUGCAACAGGAAGUUCUGCUACAGGAGGAUGUGGAACUAAUUGAGCUGCUCGACCCCAGUAUCCUGUCUGGAGGGCAGAGCAAGCAACAGGAAAAUGGACACCUUCCAACUCUACGCUCCCUAGCAACUCCUAAUAUUUGGGAUGUCUCAUUGCUGCUUGCCUUUGUCAGUGCAUUUAUUGUGCUUCCUUCUUGGUGGAGUUCAUCAUUUUGGCUGGUGUGGGGACUCAUUCUUUCAGUCUAUAUGUUCAUACGAGUGUGGGGCACUUGGAGGACAGCGAAACUACAAAUGUCCCUGCGAAAAUACAGUCUCCAGCUGGAAGAGACAGUGGCAAACAGCCGAGCUUUCACUAAUCUUGUGAGAAAAGCUCUGCGACUCAUUCAGGAGACUGAAGUUAUUUCCAGAGGAUUUACCCUUUUGCUUGACAGGGUCAGUGCUGCUUGCCCAUUUAAUAAAGCUGGACAGCAUCCUAGUCAGCAUCUCAUUGGUCUUCGGAAAGCUGUUUACAGAUCUGUCAGAGCGAACUUCCGAGCUUCAAGACUGGCUACUCUGUACAUGCUGAAAAACUACCCUCUAAACUCAGAGAGUGACAAUGUGACCAACUACAUCUGUGUAGUUCCUUUUAAAGAGCUGGGUCUUGGACUGAGUGAAGAGCAGGUGUCUGAAGAGGAGGCGCACAACCUCACAGAUGGCUUCAGCCUGCCUGCACUCAAGGUUCUGUUUCAGCUCUGGGUAGGACAGAGUUCAGAAUUCUUCAGACGACUAGUACUGCUGCUGUCUUCAACUAAUGCAUCCCCUAAGCCCUUGAUCACCCCAGAACGUUUGCCUCAUCAUAUUUUGUCUGAUGUGACUCAAGGUCUACCUCACACUCAUGCUGCCUGCUUACAAGAGCUUAAGCGAAGCUAUGAAUUUUAUCGGUACUUUGAAACACAGCAUCAGUCUGGAUUGGAACGUUCAACCAAAAGGAAACAAAAGUCAAGAGAGCUGAACAGCCUUCAUAUAGCAGUGCGCAGUUUGCAGCUUCAUCUCAAGGCCCUGCUAAAUGAGGUAAUAAUUCUUGAGGAUGAACUUGAAAAACUCAUUAGCUCUAAGGAGACACAAGAACUACCAACAGAGGCAUAUCAAGUUCUUGAACAAAAACUAAAAUUGAUUCAGCCACACAUCCAAGCGAGCAACAGCUGCUGGGAAGAGGCCAUUUCUCAGGUGGAAAAAAUUGGUCGAAGAAACCCAGACAUAAAAGGUAAACCCGAAGUAUCUUUUGAUAACACACACUGUACCAUGCUACCUUUACUACACUCCACCCUGCACAUAGAGGACAAAGACCCAGUCCCUGAAGAGCAGGAAUUGGAAGCGUAUGUUGAAGAUACAGAUAUGGACAGUGAAUACAGAACAGAUGACUUUUACUGCUUUUCCCAAGAAGAGAGGGAGAGACAAAGACAUGAGAGGGAAGAGUCUAAAAGAGUAUUACAAGAACUGAAAUCUGUGUUGGGUUUUAAGGCUUCAGAGGCAGAAAGGCAAAAAUGGAAGCAGCUGCUAUUUAGUGACCAUGCUGCGGUGAAACCCUUGUCUCCUGUAGAACCAGUGGAACCCAUAAAUAAUCUGGAAUCACCUAUGAAUUCAGAUAUAGGAAAACAGGAUGGCAUCCAAGGUAGUGAUGAUUCUGAAGAAAGAGACUCAAAUCCAAAACCACAUGCCACUGAGAAAAGGAGGACUGAAUAUUUGUUUGAAGAUCCAUUAAUGGUUGAAAACAAAGACAUUACUCCUGGGGAAGGUGCAUCUCCAGUGGCUGAAAAAAGAACACGUUAUCAGUGCGAAGGUGAAGGUGAAGAAUCCAUAGUACCCAUUGUGGAUGGACUGGAGACUUCACAGACACCUCUGAGAGAUGCAUUACAAUCCUCCAUCAAACAUAGGUUGGCUCAGCUCCAUAUAUCAACAGAUUUCAACUUUACAUCUGGUCUAGCUGCACAGGUUGCUGCCAGAUCACUUACUUUUACUACAAUGCAAGAACAGACUUUUGGAGAUGAGGAGGAGGCAGAAGAAGAGAUGCAGGACAGUGAAAAUCAUAUGCAAGAGAACAAUGAUGAAGGCACUGUCUCUGAAAAUGGAGAAGUGUUCUAAGUCCCUGAUGAACUUGGUUAAACAAUGCAUUGCCUACUUGAAUUCCAUAAAAAGCAGGUGUUGGGAAUAGCCAAGGCUUGGGCUUAGAUAAAAACAUGCCAGCUGGAAGAAACAUAUUACAUUUCUGUCUCUGUACUGUUCCCUGUAUUUGACACACUCAGUAGGGUUUGCCAAGUACUUUGAUGAUAUGCAGGUAAGCUAAGGAGUUACAGAGUGUGGACCCAAAGAAUAGUUGUGUAUCUCCUCCUGAUGAUACUAAUGGGUUUUGGAACAUAAAUAUUUUAUGUUUAUUUAUUUAUAUGAUUCUUUUUUUUCCUAAAACAAAGAGAACAUUCUCACUUUCAUUUUUAGCAGAAUCCAUUUUUCAUUUCAUGAUUUUACUUGUCAUAGCAUCAUCAGUUAUAACAGAAAUAGUCAAAGUGAUUCUGUCUGAAGAACAUAAACGGUAAUGUGUGAUCCUCCCCACCACCUUUCCUUCAUCUUUAUUGUCUUCUGUAUUUGGGUUAGCUAUCUUAGGUAUUUGUAACUUCAUGACUAAGAAUGCUCCCAAAGCUAAAUUUUAAAUAAAAACAUGAAAAACCUAAUAAUGUAUAUGUCCUGGGAUAUUGGGCUAAAGUAGUAUGAAGUUAGCUGCAUAUCAGAUAAAGAUUCCAAAUAUAGUUCAUAAAGGGUGAAUAGAUGAUUGAUAAGAGUUUAUAAUUGCAUUAUAGAAAGUUUUAGUAUGUGUUAUAGAAAGUUAUAAACACAUUAGUAGAAAGUACUAUAGAUGGUUAGAAGUAGCUUGUUGGACUUGAUUAGCAGUUGAUUAUUGAUUUAUUAAAACACCUAUUAAUUGUUCAUUGGCCCUUUGUAAAUUGAAUCUUAAUAUAAUGUUUAACUUACAUUAUUUGCACAGGGUUACAAAACACAGUGCUGUAUAUGUUUUGUUGUACAUCUCUAUCCAUGUCCUGGAGUAAAUUCUUAGGCUAAGUUAAAUGAGUAGUUUCUUUAAAGUUAUACAGUCAUUUUGUUUAGGUGUCAUAGCUGCUGUUUUCUAAUGUUGUUUCACUUUUCUUUUGAUAACAUCUAUAACGUGUUUUGAUAAAGAAAUCAGCAGAGACCAUGAACUUAUUCCAUUCUAGUUAAGCUGUAUCUUGUAACCCAGUUGAAAUCUAAACUGAAACAUUCAAUAUAGGCCUGUAUUAGUUCUUUGAUGUGAAAAGUAGCUCUGCCCUGGAAAAAGGCACCCCUCUAGAGAAGGGGGGAGAGUCAUGGUUUCAGUGGGUGCUUUGAUACAGCUCUCUGAUGCAUCUCCCACGUAAGGGUUCCAUGGCUCUGAGUGAUAGAUUUCCAAUCAGAAAUCACGCCAUUAACAGCUCUUGUUAAUUCUUCUCUACACUGGUUGACAGCUUGUGGUAGGAGUAUGAAGCAGUAUAGACUCAAAGGCAGCACCAUUUCUGAGGGUAUUGUGCUGCCACAAUGGAAGGGGGAGACAAGGGAACUCAAUGAAUGCCUCUGUUCCUGAAACAGAACUUCUUGACCAUUAUGUGGCAAGACAAAUCCUGUCAUGCAGCAUUUCUCCUACUUAGGUAGUGAUUAGGAGAAAAGACUGUGAAUAUAAAUAUAUGACAUUUCACAACCCCUAAAUAAGGAUAAUAUAAAUAGAGGGAGCAUGUGGGUUUGAAUUAUUGUUUGCACAAUAUAAAUUCUGUUUUCUUCCUGGUUUUGUACUUCUCUUGCACAAAGACUGUGGGAGGAGAACGUAUUAACAUGUUUCAUUAGCCCGUGAUUCUGUUUUCUAUGCCCUUAUGUAUAUGUAGAUAGGUAGAUGUUAUGUAGAAUGAAUUGUACCUGGGGAGGACUUGCAGAAAUGUGGUAUUUGUUCAACUAUGAUGUAUGCAGCAGCCAAGCAUCCUGUCAGGUAGUAGAGUUUGUUCUACUCAAGGCCAGAGAGAUCUACUGAGAAAAUGGAGUUCUUGAUAUAAUUUUCAAUAUGAUGGUUCUUUAGAACACCUGAAUAGAUAGAGUUGGGAGAUUGUCAGUGCUAAUUAACAAGGUGUCUUCCUUGUCCUUGACUUAAGAACCUUGACUUCACCAAGUGCCCUGUUUUUUUGUUUUUAGCUAGUUUGUUAUAUUAUCUAGUUUUAUUUUGUAACUGACUUUAUCCCACCAAUGCACCACCAGCAUUUUGUCACCUGCUGCAUAUCUCAGUGUUAUUUUUUCCCAAAUUUGAAUCAUGGGAUCCAAUAUCCUUCAAAUUGACUGUAAGCUGUUGUGAUUUGAUUUUUGCAAAAUUUUCUGUGGUUUGAUUUGUCACUAUUCUCAGAUGAUGUGAAUGGGAGCUAGAGAUGCUUAGCCCUACAGCAAAAGUAGACCCAAAUCUCUAUAUGGAGGCAGUAGCUUUUACAUUGUCUUUGUUGCAAGCCUGGCAAACAACCCAAAGAAUAAACAAUUGCUGGUCAUUUGGUGUUAGCAGUAUGUGAGAGAAAAUAAUGGAUCUUUGGAGCUAGUCAUUUUAGAUGUUUUUUUCCUUCAAACAGAUAUGUUUUGUGUGAGCAAAUGAACUGGCUAUUAAAUACAAAUAAAAUUGACAAACUUUACAUGUUCUUGAAAAUAACACAUUCUUUUUCUGUGUGGCUGCCCAUUUCUCACAUUGCAUCCAUUUAGGAUUCCAUACAAAGCCAACCUGUUGAAUAAUUUAUUUGAAUUGAUAUUGAUGUAAUUCCUCCCUGCAAAAGAAUCUUGUUAAAAAUCUACUUCAGAUAAAGAAUGGGAUUUAAUUUGAUAACCAGUUACUUUGAUAACUUUAUUUGAUUUGAUAACCAGUUUCCAGCUACAUAUAAAUAGACUCUGUUAUAAUCCAGAUUUCCUCAUGAUGAUGUCUGUGGAAAGAUCUGUGUGUCCAAGUGUAGUUUCAAAAAAUUUGCUAGGUGUCCUGUCCAUUUUCAUUUAUUUCUUUAGUUUAAAAAAAGCAUAUGAAAGAGUCUGCUGUAGAACUCAAGACCCAGGUUAAUAUAUUGUGACUGUUGAGGUACUGUGCCCCUGUGUCUUUUGGCUUAAGGAUUGGACAAUGAAAACUAUAUAAAAAAAGAGCUCUUACUUUUUAGGAUUUGUUUUUAACUUUAAAAUAUUUUAGCAUUAAUUUUACAUUGAAUAAUGAACCAAUGAUACAUAUUUGAAUAUGAGUAACCAUUUUAGUUGAUCACUUUGUAGAAUUGUAAAAGAGUGCAGUUAUGUACUAUUAAAUAAAGUCAAAGAUCUUUCUUUCCUCCCUGUCCUAACUAGUAGGAACCCUAAAGAGACAACUCACAACUCAUUUCCCUAAAUAGAAUUGCAGUCUGACACCACAUCUAAUUUAUGCCUUUACAUUUGCCAGGUACGUAAGCAAGUACAUAUUUGAAUACAGCUAGAUAUCUGUGUUAGAAAUAUUUCUUGCUAAAGAAUACUGUUUCCUUGAUUUCCAUAGCCCAAUAAUACAGCAAAAACCAUAGGCUAAUAGACGUAGGUUGAAUCCAUUACCGACAAUGCAUCUCCUUAAGUAGAACAGUAGAAUGCCUUUUCUAGUAUAUCAGUAAUAAACAAGAUCAGCAAUUGUCAAACUUUCUGUUGUUAUUACAUGAAUAAGAUAAUUACACUUCUGAUAGAUCGUGUCUAGUCCUUGUUCCAUCCUGAGAUCCAUAUCAAAAGAAAGGUUGGUGGACUAGGUCACUAUUAACUAGUUUUAUUGAUUUUCCAAACUGUGGCCUGAAUACCCUUUCUAUACCCAAAUCUUUUACUGGUUUCACUGAAAGUGGUAUGUGGAUGAGAACAGCAGAUUUGGGUCAUAGUCGUCUUAAUUUCUUAGCAAAUAUUAUAAAUAAGGGGUUGACAACCUUUCACUAACAGGCUUGAAUUAAUGCAGAUGGUGCAUCUGAUUACAUAAGGCACUGCUUACAAAAGCAUUGUAUCUAUGAUCUAGUUAGUUUGUAGGAAAAAAUAAUAUCACUUUUUGGCGAGCUUGUCAGCAGCAGUGUGGGAAUGCAGUACAGGGUGCUUGGGACAAAGCAGAAGUGGCAACUUUUGGUUCAGUCACAAAUGUCAAUGCGAACAUGCAGCUGCCAGCAGCAGCCACUUUCUUUGGUUCCCCUCCCCCACAAGUUGGCACCUAGGGUGGUUGCCCCUUUCAGCCCCCCUAGUUACACCACUACUUGCCAGGGUGGCUAAAAAUCUCUUUGCAGGGCAGAUCCAGCCCACGGAAUAUAGGUUGCUAUCCCCUGCACUAAAUCGCUAGCACUGGAGAAAUGUAGGCCUGGAAAGCUCCUCAGAAGUCAUCUGUUUCAUCCUCUUGCCCCAUCAAGUCUAUCUAAACCAUUCUGACAGAUGUUAUUUAAACUUAGGUAACCUUUUAAACUAGACUUGUAGAUAAAAUGUUUUCUUUACAUCUAAUCAGAAUUUUCUUUACAGUGAGGUUAUCCUACCCUCCUCAUUGCCCCUAGAGGACAAUUGAUCAUAUAUUGAAGACUAUUGUUAUAGCCCUUUCAGGUGUUUUCUUUUUGAAACUAAAGAAACAACUUGUGUGUCAACUUUUCCUCCUUUGUUGUUUCCUUAAACCUUACUGUGGCUCUUCUCAGGACUCUUUCCAAUUUGCCCACAUCUUUCUUGAAGUUUGCAGCCCAAAUCCAGACACAGUACUCCAGAGGAGGCUUUACCUGAUUCAAAUUCAACAGAAUAAUUUCUUCCCAUAAUGCUGAACUAUUACACAUUUUAUUUACUUCAGUUAGGACUAGAACCUAUUCACGUUCUUUAUGGCCAGCUGCUAAAAUGAUAGACUAAAAUAUUUUGUUUGGUGGGGAAACAUAUUGAGCAGAAUUUCUGUGCUAAAUGUUUUUCUUUGCUACACAAACAAGAAGUUAUUAAAACUUUGAUUAAUCUUCGAACAGUUGCCACCUGAUGUAAUCUAUACCAAACAUGCCAAACCACAUUUAUUUAAGUAAAAGCUGAACCCUGAAGAUCUCAGCUCUAAUCCUUGAUGCAACAUAUUUUGCAUGAUCAGUUACUAUACACAAGUUGAGUAUGUAACUUAAGUAGUAACAAACACAUGGGUAUCAAAGAUCAAAGCAAGCUCCAAGCUGCUAAUUUAAAAAAGAAUGCAUGGUGAUAUGCUUCAUCCUCAUUCACAAUUUUUAAUUUUCUCUUUGUUUUUAGGAUUGUGCUUUCAGUUUAAAUAUCCAAACAUCCACUUUGAUUUGAAUAAGUGCAGUGAAUCAGUAUGACACAUACAGUCUGAACAAAAGUGGCUGAUUUCUCAGGUGUUCUCUCUUGUCCUUCAUCCUGGCCUCUUUAAGUUACAGGAAGGUUUGUCAUAUUGUAACACUCUUACAAUAAGAGUAUACUGUGAGCUAGUGUUGCGCUCCCUGUUUGAAAUUGAUAUGAGACUCGGAGAUAAAUCUCUGGUACACAAGGAAGGAGGGAUUGCUUCUCUGUUCUAAAGCAAGUGGAUUCUUCAAACAUUGAAUGGGACCAAAUCGUGAAUACUUUCACCCCUACAAAAAUAGACAGAAUGUCAGACAACAAGAACAGAGAGGAAGUGCCCAUAAAAACAUUAACCGUUUUGGCAUGAGACUAUUUUCUCUUUCGUUUAAUAUUUUGAAGAGGUUGUAACUGUGAGUUUUAGUUAUCUGUGCAGAGCUUGACAGUUAGCCUUAUUAGUUUUUAAAGAAAUAUUUCAUAUUUCAAAUUCAAAGAAAAAACAUCUCUGGAAAAAACACUGGGUGACUUUUUAGUCUAAAAAUUGUUAUAUAUUCCACAUUUCUUACAAGUAUACAAGGCUUAAAAUGUGCCAGUUACUAUACAAACAUGAGAAUGAAAGGUCCUUUUCCUAAAGAAGCUUACUGCCUAGACAGACAGUGUGAUCAGUGGUGUCUAGGUGGCUAAUACCUUCAGACCUCUGUUUAUCAUCCCACAUGUAGUUAAUUCCACUUUCACUGUGUCUUCCCUCCCCCAGCCUCAUUUAUUUCCCCCUUUACUAGUUGUAAAAUACUUUAAACACUUUGGGAUAAAGACUAAUUUUUUAUAGGUAGGCACCAGAUCUAGCAAAAUGGAGGGCCCUGAUUAGGGCCUCAAGGUGCAACAAUGAAACAAAUGUAAAGUAUGUAAAGGACAGGGAAUAGGACUUAAACCAUGUGAAUGGUUGUAGUGAUGGUGGGAGGUGAUGAUCUGUCUUUUGAUUCCUUUAAUUAUUUUUGUUCUUCUCCUCUCCUUUAUUGCUUUGUUGUUGAGAGGAAGAAAGGACUGAAAUCGAAGGAACUUUAAGGAAAAAAUUGGAGGAGCAGAGUGUGGAUGUGUCAGACCAGAUUAGGGAAGGAAUUCCUUUUGCAAGGGCCUCAUGAAGGAUGCAGAGAUAAGCCAUUACUGAAAGGUGUGAUGAAUUACAUGGCUUGAAAGGAUUUUAUGUUUAGUUUCUAAAAGAAACACUGGCUACUUAUUUCCACCUUAAUUCAUAUUCUUGUUGAAUCCAUUCAUGUAUUCAGAGUGCAAGACCUUUGGAGCAAGCACCAUGCUGUUGUUUUAUGUUUGCUCAGCAUCUGACAUUCAUUGAAUCAAACAAUAAUACGCUUUACUAAUUCAGUAGGGACGUGCAAAAUGGGCUGUAUUCUAUUCAGAUUCAGGCCGAAUUGGGGACAGUGAUUCGAUUUGUUGAUUCAGAUCAUUGUCCCUGAUUUGAUUCGGCCAAAUCUGAACCUAAAGAUUCGAAGCUGAUUCAAAGAUUCAGCAAUUCAGCUAUAGACGCAGCUUUAAAUGUUUUUUCUACAUACCUCGAGGUACCAGCGCAGCUUGUGACUGGUGCAAUGCUGGGGCGGAUGGAGUGCCCCCCCCCAUGCUUGACGGUGAACUCGGAAGUGAACCGGAAGUACUUCUGGUCCACUUCUGGGUCUGCUGCCAAGCAUGUGAGCCCCGCCACGCUCCCCAACUUGGUGAUCAGCCGUGGGGGGACACCAGGUGCUCCCCCAGACCCAGGACGCACCAGUUGCCGAGCCGGGGGUUGGGGUGCGGGUGGGGACCCCAGCACACAACCCAGUGGACCCGGAAGUGGACCAAAAUUGCUUCUGGUCCACUUUCAGAUUUGCUGCUGAGCAUGCUGGGGAGCCCGCCAUAUUCCUGUGGGAUGUUCCAUCUCCCCUAGCAUCACAGCAUUCACAAACCACCUGGUACUUUGAGGUAUGUAGAAAAAACAUUCAAAGCUGUAUCUAUGGCUGAAUUGUUGAAUCUUCCUGAAUCUCUCCGAAUUGAUUUGAAGGGUUCCGAUUCAUUUCAGAGAGAUUAAAGGGUCUCCUGAUUUGAUUAGGAGAUUUGGCCAUCAAAUUGGGCUGAAUCUCCACUGAAUCGGAUCAGAGACCAAAGCUUCACACAGCCCUAUAAUUCAGCUCAAACCUGUAUCCUUUCUCUUUCCUGUUUUGCCUCCCUGACCAAUUUUAGCUUUCCUGGAGCAUAUGUAAUUCUUGUAAACUUUAUGUUACUAGAAGGAUUAAAUAAAAGUCCCUUAGUCACUGUGCUGUGCUUAUUUAUAAAUGUCUUAAGAUCCAGUUAAAUAUUUAUGGAAAAGAAUCAAAAUAAACCUAGAAAAAAAUGCAACCAAGGUUUUCAGACUUUAAAACAUACCACAGUACCAUCUUAAGGGUUUGUUAUGUAACUCGUUUUCCUUACCUGUUUGUAUUCAAAUGGAGGAGUUCAGAAAUGUGUUUUGAAUUUCCCAGUUGGUGUGAUUUAGUAUGAUGGGGGUGAUUUUGCAAGCUAUCCUGUAGGGAGCUGAAAUGUAAGACAGUGACUAUAAUGAAACUAUUGCAGUCAAAAUAAAGUUAUAGCACCUCUUAAGUAUAUAUUGGCUUUUACAAGUAAUUUUGACAUUUCGGAAAACACUGUAUAGUCUAAGCAAUUUGGGGGUGAAGCUCUCAAAAUAAGCAUGUUGCUUGGCACCUGUUUCCUGCAGAUCCUAGGAUUUAAAUAUGGGUCCCUGAUCUCAACUGCAUGCAAAAGGACUGAAACCUAUGUUAGGAUGGAAAAAUGUUCUAAUGGAAAAUUACCAACCGUUUCCAGCACUUUUUCUUGUUAAGAACAAGCCCAUUCUUAAAAAAAACCAAAAACAAAACCCCCAAAACCCCAGAGAGACUCACUGCCUAAAAGCACUCUUAAGUCUUCACUUAUAAUGUAGGAUGAAUUGUUGUUGGGGCUGUUUCUAUUGUCUAAUGUGUGUUUCUAAAGUAAUCAAUAGAUUUCUGUGUGUUGUUGCACAUUUUAUUUGAGCCCUAGGAUGAGUACUUAGCCAUGGAUGGUCCUGUCGUCUCAUCCAAAUCUGGAGUUAAUACUAUUGAAGCUAGCUCAUAGCUGUCAAGUUUUAUGCUGUUUCAUGUGACACUUUCUUCAAUUUAUUUAAUGAUAAAAUUUGCAUGUUUACAGCUGAUUUCCACAGAACGGUAUACUUCAGUUCUAAAUAAAGUAUGUAGAUUCAAUGUGCAUGCAUCUCUUAAAUGAAUGAAGUCCUCUUUACAGCAACAUACAACUAGAAUGGAUCAGCUGGGUUGCUGAGUCUAGUUCUCAGCUACUGAAGACAAACACUUACUUCAUAUAAACUGAUGAAGCUUCACUUUGAAACAGUCAAAGUUUUAGUCUCUGCUACUUCUACAAAAAGGUUUUUCCAAAACCUCACUGGUCUGAUAGUGAGAAACCUUCUAAUGAUUUCCAGUAUACAUUUAUUUAUGGCUGGUUCAUGCUCAUUUAUUCUUGUGCCAAUAUUGCUAUCUAUGUUGCUUAAGUUGUCUUUUUUUCCCCUUCUUAUUAUUAACUGCCAGGUGUACUAAUAGAGAGCAAUCAUAGUUCCUUUCAGUCUUUGUUGCUAAGCUAAACAAGUUGAGGUUUUUUUUAGUGUCUUCUCAUAAGAUUGGCUCUCUCUUCACCAGGUCAUCCUCAGUAGGCCUUCUCUGCACCAGUUUCAAUUUGAAUUCCUUCUUUGAAUAUGGGUGACCAGAAUGUACUUUUAAGAGUAGCGUUAAUAUUUUCCUGUUAUACACCCUAGGAUUGCCUUUUCCAUGACUCAUCAUAUUGGUUGUUCCUAGUCAUUGUUUGGUCAGUACAGCCAGGUCUUUCUUCUCCUCCUCAGUAUUUUAAACUGAUGAGAUACCAGUUUAUAGCAUAACUUUUCGUUGUUAAUCCAUAUGUGUACAACCUUGAAUUUGUACUAUUGAAAAUCAUCUUGCUUUUAUUAGUCCAGUCCUCAAGAUCUAUCAAGGCUAUUUUUCCUAAACAGCAUUUAAAUACCUGUGCCCCAGUCCUGAUUGCUAUUCUCCCAUGGUUCUGUUAUAGCUGUGAUGCCCAGCUAUGUGUCCAGGUCUCUCUCUUUUGCUGCCUAGGAUUCUGGCAGGUAUAUGGAAACAUAUCAUUGGACCUCCAGCAUGGGAAAUGAGAACCAGAGCCCUAUGCCAGUGCUUCCCAAACUUUUCCUCAUCAUGACCCCAUUCAUGACUCCAUUUCCUCUGCAUGGCCCCUCACUCCAAGCUGGCAGCCCCCCACUCCCACCAGGUGCCCCUUAUUCCAAAUUCUCAGCCCCCCACUCUCUCCAGGGCCAGGGCUUGCAGUCCCCUGCCUCCCCACCCCAGCAGUGCCUGAGCUCUGGCUGCCACCCACAGGAAGCAGCAGCUGCUGAGGCCAGAGCACAGAGCCUGGCUCCCUGCACCUGCCCCUUCCCAGGGACAGGAUGCAGGCUGUCCGCUGUGGGCUUGGGGCAAACUGCCCCGCUGCCCUUCCCCUGGGGCUCUACAACCCAGCAGGUGGGACCUCUCACAGGAGAGAGCACUGCACUGCAACCUCAUCUGCUGAUAUUGCGACCCCAUUUGGGGUCACGACCCACAGUUUGGGAACUGCUGCCAUAUGCCAUGAGCUUAGCUUUCCUUUAAAAGGUACAGAAGCAGAAAAAAUUCCCAGGACAUAAUGUUCUGUCUGCAUGCCUCAAGCAUUGAUCUGAUUUGAUGAGAUGUCCACUAGACACAAUAGGGUAGUUCAGACCCCAAAGCCCUUGAAGUUUUCAGCUUCUCAAAAUCUGACAUUUAGACAUACAGUACCUGGCAGGAGGGGGUUAUGUGUGCCUGUGCCAAACUACAACAAUCUCCACAAGACUUCUGAAGUUUCCAUGUGGUAAAUGAAAGAAUAUUUGCACUUUACCCAGCAUCAGUUUUGUAGGUACAGCUUUAAACUACAGAAAAAAAAAUCUUGUGCUACCUGGAUUUGAAGAACAUAUUAUAAAAUACCUUGAUUCUAUUUGGUCAGGCUCUCUGAUUAGAUAAGGCUGAAUAUUACUAGAGUUAGAACCCUACUUAUAUCAAUACCACUAUACAGUUCUUUCUCAUCAGGACAUUUGAUAGGUUUUUGUAUACUAUUUUCCAUGUAACUCAUUUUAAACAAAUGUAUUGGUGGCAAAAGGAGUCAGUCAGGUUGAUAGCCCUGGAAACUGGUAUAAUUUCUUUUUCCAGAGAUAAGACUCAGCAAAACUUAUCACUAUACUGCCUUCACAGUUCAUUUCAACAGCAAAUCUGGAGAAAGAACACAUCUUGGGUUGAGAGGGAAUUACAGUCUCUAUGGUCAUUCACUCCUUGGCUUCUCCACAACAUUUCUUUUAGUAUUUGGAACAGCAGUAAAAUGACCUUGGGCUCUAACUGAAAUUAAGGAAAAAGGUUUGCUAUCCUUUUUCCAAUGUAAUAAGUCAUCCAGUUCUCUUGGGUGACGUUAAAGAAUCUGUGUCUAUUUAAUUUUGACCAUCUUUAUUUCCUCUUAUUUGGUAACUUCUCUGAUUACCAAGCAUUUGAGAAAAUGUAUAUCUAAAUGUUAUAGUUUCCUUCUACUUUCUAUGUUGGUCUGGUUGGCCAUUUUUGCAUUGUUAACUACAGUGUUUCUUUUUCUGGUUUCAGCAUCUGUUCUUCCACUACCUCAGGUGUCAAUAAAUGAUCAGUAUUAUAACAGUUUAAUUUCUGACUCUCUGUAUCUCUAUAGGGGAUUUUUUUGUGUGUGUGUGUUUUUUUAAAGGUUUCUGUCCUUUAAAAAAGAAAGCAAAAUCUUCUUCCUAUAGGAAAAAUUGUACAAUAGCUCUGUAACUUAAAUUUCUGUAGCUUCAAAUCUGGACUUAUACAGUGCAGCAGCCACACAGGGCCUGCCAUUCCUAUUGUUGUCAAACUUUCUGAUGAGAGAUUGAAGCUCAGUAGUAGAAAGACUGGAAGCCUUUGGAGAAACAAUGUACUUGCUUAUGGAUGAAUCAUUUUUUAAAGAGAUUACAUGCUUCUGUUGCCUGCAGUAGCAGGGAACUGAACCCAGUGACUGGGUGGUCCCUUUCGGUCAUGCUUUGUCCCUGUCUCUUGCUAGGGACAGCACUUCAUCUGAAGGUCUCUUUUCCCUCACCAUAGCCUUUAGAUCUUCUCUUGCACUCAGCUUCCAACCCUUCUGCCUGUCAAUCAGUUCCUCUCCGGCUCCCUUAUGUCAGCACUCCUCCCUCCCCUCCCCUGCCGCCAGAUGGAACCCUCAACAAGUAGAGUCUUAGCCCCACUAUCCAAACUGUCUUGAUUUUCCAUCCCAGGGCCUCUUUGUGUUCAGCCUGGUUUUCUCACUUGUCUCCCACUUGCUUUAAGAAAACCCUGAGUUCCAGGUCUCCUCUCCCAGAUCUCUGGACUGUCCUAUGUCCCAGCAGGCCUGUUACAUAGCCCUUACUCAUUCCUUCCAUCUUGAGCCAAGUCAGAUAUAGAUACAAGUUCUGAUCCAUGACAGUUUCUGACAGCAGCAGGCUUCUAGCUGUUCCAUUGUGCUUUGGUUCAAAAGGCAUAUCUGGUUUUUAGUUUGGGGUUAGCUUUGGGGACUGGAACUUCCUUUUCCAGAUCAUCAGCCCUAAUUGUUCCCUGUUUUAAAAGAGCACCUGGAACAUGUGUUUUCUGAAAAAAAAUCCCAUUUUUAAUACAGUUGGUAACAGUUAGGUUGCAGUAUUGGGCAAUGACCUGUUGUUAUGCUGAGAGUUACUUCUUUUCUAUUAAACUUUAAAUUGCUAUGUAGCACCCUGAGCACUUUGCCUGGGUGGGGAUGUUGUAUUACCAUAUUCUUGAGUCAUGUCAUACUUUAAAGCAGUGCUUCCUAACUUUUGCUAGCAAGAAGACAUCAGGAGUGAGGAAGUAAUAUGCUGUGAACAACAUCAUGCUUUGACAUCCCUGUUAAGUGCAGUUUUAAAGUUUGUAAUUUCUCAUGGAUAUGAGAGACAUCAGAGAGUCUGCUAGGAAAUGUUGCCUGUGAGGCUUGGGUUGGAGACCAUAGUCUUAGACUGCUUUCCUCCUGUACAAGUUCACUUUCUUGUGAGAUUUAUAUAAAGGAUAUGAAACCUGAGAGAGCCUGCCCGCAUGCAAUCUGGUCAAAGAUAUGUAACUGUAUUGACAAUGCAUACUGACGGAACAGAGUUAAUUAGAAAAGCCAUUUAAUCUUGUUUAUAGUCAUUCAAGGCUUUGCACUGGGGUGCUGUAUGUGUCCAGCUGCAAAUAUUUUAUUUUAAAGUGUUCCUCAGCAUCUCCUUUCAGAUGAUUCUUGAUCCACUUGAUUCUUGGGCCUGAUGUUGGCUUCUGAAUUUCCCUAAAAGGGACUUAAGUGCCAUAUCUGCCACAUAGAUUGCCAAGGAGAAACCACAGGACAAGAAAGGGAUACUGAACUGAUUUAUUAACAAACUAAAUAAAAGCCUAAGUGUAGGAAGAGUAUCUUAACAAAAGAACAAACUGCAGUCAGAACUUCUGUCAAAGCAGGAGCAGUAUAGAGUCGAGCCACGUAUGAUUUGUUGGGCUGUGAAAUUCAUAGGUGUCAACAGGAAUCCAGCUCUUUUUAGUAUGAGGUUGGAACAGAAAAUCCUUUAGACACCCUAGACAGUCCUUUUCUAUGUGUAUUUUGGACAGUUUUACCAACAGCCAUAAGCUCUCUUCUGCAAGCUCUGCUUUGUCCAUGUUUAACUUCCUCUUAAAGACUUUUCAUGUGGUGCUUGUUACAGUGUAUCAAGUCAACUAACCUUCCCUGCUGCUAUCCUUCUAAUCUCUGUCUAGUGUUUGUUAGGCCUGCGCAAGUUGGCAGUGAUCCGAUCCGGCUUCGGAUCUGGCUGCUUCAGAUGGCCGCGAUCCAAUCCGGAGCUCCGAACUGGGUUUCCGCCUCGAUCUGGCUGAAGUGGCUCUGAAGCUUUGGAGCCGCCUCGGAGAUCCGGCCAUAGGGUAUAAUGGGGAAUCAAUUAAAUAUCUAUAACUUUGUUGUUUUUUGUCUGAUUUGGAUGAAACUUGCAGGGAUGGUAGCCUCUGCUGAGAGUGUGAAACCUGCUAAGUUUCAAGAAGAUCAGUGCAGGGGUUUGGGGGAAACUACCCCAAAUUCUUGAAAGCCAAACUCGUGUCACGGCUGUGUGUUACAACACAGGGAGGGUCAAAACUGCAGGGGUGAUGGCUCCUACUGAGGCCACAAAGACUGCCAUGUUUCAAGGAGACAGGUACAGGGGUUUGGGGGGAACUGCACCUCAAGCUGCAGACAGGAAAAACUCAUGCCAUGGGUGACACUGUGUGUGUUAAGGCGCAGUGGGGUGACAGCUAUAGCGAUGGUGGCCCCUGCUGAGGCCACAAUGCCUGCCAGCUGGAGGAGAUCAGUGCAGGGGGGUUCUGGGGCCCUGCACCCCUAGCUGCUGACAGACAAAAUUCGUGCCAAAACUGUCCGUCUUGGGGCAGUUGAUUGUCUGUAUUGAUUUUUUUCCUCUCCUUAGCUUGGUUUUGUAGGUGCUAAUCGAUGCUUGUUAAGUCGUUAUGUAGUAACUAGGUCUUUUGUAUUGAGCUGGUCCCUGAGUGAAUCAUGAUUGAUUGGUAACUGGUAACACAGUAGCUUAGCAGCCAGGCCUGCAGUAGUGUCCCCCAAGCCAGAGACAAGCAAGCACCCAUGGCACGAUUUUUGCUUGUCCUCAGCUUGAAGGGCAGUUCCCCCCAAACCCCUGCACUGAUCUUCUUGAAACCCGGCAGGCUUUGUGGCCUCAGCAAGAGCUACCAUCCCUGCGGUUUUGACACCCCGCCCCCCAUGUUGUAACACAGAGAUGUGAGUUUUGUUUUCAAGAAUUUGGGGUACAGUUGCCCUCAAAACCCCUGCAUCGAUCCUCUUGAAACUUGGCAGGCUUCAUCCUCUCUACAGAGUCUGCCACCCCUGAAAAUUUCAUGCAAAUUGGACAAACCCCCAAAGUUAUAGAUAUUUUAUUGUUUCCCCACUAUACCCUAUGGCCAGAUCUCCAAGGCGGCUCCGAAGCCUAACGAGGCCAGCGCUUCAAUCCAGAUGUGCUGCUUUGGACCCUGAAGCGUCCAAAGCUUCUCUGGAUCCGAAACUCUGUCCAAAGCCUCGCCCUAGUGUUUGUCUUUCUGUGUCUUUAGAUUACACAUUCUUAGUGUCAGCACUCCUAGGACAUUUGGGAAGUGCCUAGCAUACUGGUUCUUAAUAACCCUCACAAUGGUUUGUCUGUGCUGGGAGCCCCUGUGUAGAUACCUUGCCAACUGCUGACAUGGUUUCAAGGUCUGUGUUGAUGAGAUUAUCUCUGAGCAAGUUUAUAAAAAACACAAUGCUUAAAACAGUGUUUGACCUGUCUGCUUGAGGUCUCCAAACAUGGCUCAGACUGGGAGAGCUGAAGUUCUUUUAGCAACAAUGGGAUGAAAGGAGCCAGAUAUCUGGGUAACAUACAGCUAUUUUGCGUGGUUGGGUUUCUGUCCAUUUCUCUGUGAAUGAUGUCCAUCAUCUGUGGCCUUGCCCAUCUGCUGCUCUUUUUUUCUUUUCCUCCCAUACAAUUUUUAUUCUCAUCUCUUUCCCAUAGCUGUGCAGCAGACAAUGAAGUCCUUUUCACAUAUUUUGCUGUGUGCAUUAAUUUGUUGUUCAUUAAAAGCUGUUUCUUAUGAUCUCUUGGAGGGGAGUUUCUUCCAUUGUGUACUUUUCUCCCUUUAAUUGAACGUUCACCACUUUGUAAGUCAGUUCUGGGUACCCAUAAUUUUUUUUGGUAUUUUUCUCCCUAGUGCCCAUAAUAGUCACUGGGGAGGGAGGAGCAGGGUUUUGUCUCCCAUAUUCAUGAAGACUAACCAGGGGACUAGAUGCUUUUUUGUCUGCCCUUCAAUUAGCUAUGAUUGGAUGAGUAGGGAAAUGAGGAAGUGUAAGUGCUUUAUCAGCACUGCAGCUUGUUCUAUUUAUAUGGAAGUUUGUUUAUAAUUUGACUUUCCUCUGAAGAUUAAUUUCCUGCUAAAUGAUCUUGGCAAAAGCUAGUUUCUGCAUUAUAUAGUGCUGGCUCAUUGACAUAAGCACUUUAGUAAUGAACAUAGGUUACUUCUAUCCAAGUAAGUGGUUUUCCGCAUGGUGUAUGCUUCCUGUUGCAGCUUCCAUAACUCCAUCAAGGGCCUCUAUACUUGCAACCAAGAAGAUUCUCUUGUUUUGUCAGGCUGUUGCAGAAAGUCCUUUUGUGUUAUAUAAAUGGCUGGCCAGAGAGUUUGGGGCUUCCAAGUGAGAGUGCCAGGAAUCAACUUGAGGAGGCUGGCAACAGGAAAGUGGCUUUGGUACAGGAACUGGGCUCAUGAGCUCUGCAGGACAGAUCCCUUUUCUCACUCUGCGGUUCCUAGGUUGCCCUAGAAAUGGGUUCUCCCAUUUUACUUUUGGAGUGGAGACAGGACAGAACAGGCUGGCACUUCUCCUUAUGAGUUCUGUAAAUGAGCAUGGGGGUCCCAAACAUUGUUCCUAGACUGUCAGAAGAGACAGUGUGUUCUGAGAGUGUUAGGAGCUCCACUGGCAGGCACCUCUUUCUGGGAACUUUCCCUUCCUUGAUUUUUCAUGAUAAGAGCUGCAGCCUUCUCUUAAGACCUCAUCUAGCAAAGUACGAUACAUGGGAAAUAUUCUACUGCCUAGCCCCAGCUGCUAACAUACAUUCCAGGAAAGAGAGGAUUCUGAGAACUGGUUUAUUGCUGGGACGGAGCCAAGCAGGUUCCCUGUGGCAGGGGAAAUUAGCUUUUGGAGGGAGGAGAGGGUUGGGACAGCAGAUUUGGGGGCUUAGCUCCAUUCUGUGCUGUGCUGGGCCCUACUGUAUAAUUGAUGCAUAAUUUCUUAAUGGGGGACACAGUAUAAAAGACUGCUUAUUCUUUGCCAUUCCCACUAUUUUUUAUCUUGAAUACUAAACAGAUCAAUGCCAUUGUUACAGAAAGAACUCUUACUGCCCAAGAAAUCUUUUGUUUUCUUCCCUUCUCAGAGAGUUUUGAAUGCUGGGUUGUAUGUAUUCUUCAUAAUUGCCAUAUGUGAACAAGUGAUACCACCACUUCAGACAGUCAAUGUUUUUUGUAAGAAUUGCACAUGUUUCCUAUACUGCCAAGAAUGUAUAUAUACAGAGACUUAAGACUGUAACUUUUGAGCAAGUCACUUUCUUUAACUGUCUGAAAUUUCUUUCCUGUUUCUGAAGUUCUCUGUUAAUUAGACACUUGUAUUCUACUGUGUACUGUUUUGUAUUAGCUGUAUCCUUGUAUUUCUCCCCUCUCUCAUUAAAAUCUUUUCUUCCUUGUC